GCAACGCGCUAAGGUUGCAAGCGAGAUUGAACUGCUUCGGUUGGGCUGAAGCAUGCUAGUCAAGGACACGCAAGGCACGAGAGUCAGUGUACCGCUGGUCUACAGCUACUCCUGACGCCAGAUGACUUGAGCGCCCAAGCUCGUCAGACACGAGACUCCUCAUGUCCAAGUGAUAGCUGAGGCUUUUCAGCUUCAGCCUGCCAAUAGCAGAUCGACAUGGUCAUCCUCGCCGAGCAGGACGAAAAGGACCUGUCGCCCUCACCGGCAAGCAAGACUAGCCGUGCGCCAGCGACGACGCUUUCCUGGUCAUUUGGCGAGGAUCCUCUGUUGAGCAAGAAAGCGCCUACCUCGCCUCCUCAGCGGAUCCGGCUCCCCCGUCCUGCUGCCCUAUCGCCUCAGAGCUUACCAGUAGGGACGCCUGCGCCAGCGACUGCCUUGCCAGGCGCGACGAGUCAGAGUGCGCUCGCAAGUCCGCCCAAGCCGGCAAUCUUGCUCACUCAGAGCAAGCUAUCUGUCCAUUCGGCACCUUUCGUACCGCUGCCUCAGCCAACUUUCACUAUCGCUCCACCUGUACUAGUGCCCUCGGCCUCCGGUAGCUCCAACAGUGGUACAAGCACAGGCACGAAGCUCAGUCGGACCAGUCGACGCAAAGCUCGCGAGGCAGCAAAGGAAGCAGAUGCAGAGCAAGAAGCCCGAAUACGCGAGGACGCCAGAGAUCGCAACAAGGACUUCAAUUACUACGAUCCCAGCGCGGCCCAAGCGCGACAGGGCCCUCCGUCAGCCACACGCAAAGUCAAAGCCAGUACGAGUCAGUCUGCAGAUAAGCCUGGUCCCGCACAGACUACAAAUUUCGCCGACCGGGUCGUGGCCGCACAACGAAAGCAAUCAAAAUCCAAGCAAACAAGCCACAACAAGCGCGACAGACAGAAGAGCGUCCGAGCAAACGAUGCAGAACUGUCCAAACCUUUGCGCGCAUUGCACAUUGGCGGCCAGUCGCGAGCGAUCGAUCCAGAGUUCUCCCGCUCCCUCGUCACGCAAGAUCAGCCGACGCUCUUCGAUCCAGAGACAGCAGGCACCUCUGCACGCGCAUCCACACAAGACCAUGAAUCUCGCCAAGGUACUUCUCCUCGACCUGCCUCACGUGGGACCGCAAUCAAGCGGGACGAUUCUGCCUCACGAACAUCCUCUCACGAUACCCCUCGCCGAGUACAAGAUGCACGCUCCAAUGAGCGCAAGCCCGGUCAGACCAAUCCAAGCCAGAGACAGUCGCUCUUUGAUCCCAGGCGAGACGAUCCGGUGAGAUUCGCCGCCGUCAGUCGCCUAGAUGAGCGAUCCCCCUUGCCCGCUCGCACGAACGAUUCUGGCAAGUCUGGCAAUAGCAACGGCAAUGCGCUCGAUUCGCUCAAGAAGGCUUAUCGCGUCGUUGUCGAUCUCGAGAAGAAGUGUCAAGCGGAGAACGUUGACCCGAACGCAGAUCAGCAGAACGGCCGGCAUCCGAAAAAGAGGCUCAUGCGCGUCGAGACUGAUGAUGCUUAUUGGAUACGCCUCACUAUGCCCCACAGAGAGCUCGCAGAAGCGCAUCUCAAUUUUCUGCAGAUGGCGCUCGAUCCGCGCAUGCCGGCUUCCCUGCAGAGUCUGCCGCAAAAGUACAAUAUCGCUACCCGACUUUGGCAAACGGCCUUUCACGCGCUCCUGGAAAGAAUGCGAUCUGCUCUGCCUCACUCGAAGAACGACGACAGCAAUGUGCUCGAGCAUCUUACCGAAUUCAUCUACUUUGCCUAUACUUUCUAUACAAAUCUUCUGGAAGAGCAAGCGCUCGCUGUCUUUCGCAGCAGUUGGCUCGAGCAGCUUGGCGAUCUCGCUCGCUAUCGCAUGGCUAUAGCAGGUCUAGGCGCGUCCGAAGCAACGAGCGAGUUACCCGCUCGCGAAAGCAGCCCCGAAGAUGAAUCAUCGACGGAAGAGCAUAAGAGUCCUGCCGCAGCGUCGAUCGGCGACGCGGCUUUGGGAGACUGGGAAGUUGAGGAGCAGGGCACUUGGCGCGAUGUCGCACGAGAUUGGUAUGCUCGUGGCGUAGCCGAGACACCUAAUCGAGGUCGAUUGCACCAUCAUCUCGCCCUACUCAGCAAAGACGACAGCAUGCGUGCAUUGUAUCACUACUGUCGCAGCUUGACCGCUAGCGAGCCUUUCUGGCCGGCCCGCGAGUCGAUGCUGACCCUCUUCAGUUCCGAAGCUCAGAAGCAACGCGCACAAGCCGGCGCGACGGCUGGCGAGCUCUUUGUACAUCUACAAGGCAUGCUCUUCACCAAGGUGGACCUGGACGACUACGAUGACGUGCUCGCUCGCUUUCGCGAGGCGUUGCGUGUGACAUUCAUUACUAUCAAAGCUGGCCAACGCAUCCGAAAGAAGGCUACGCUGGCAGACGCUCGAUGGAGCAUGAUGGGCAUCAUUACGGUGACCGCACUGCUACAAUUUGGCGCAGAUGAGAGCGCUUUGAAAGCAGCGAUGGGUAAGGAGGCGCAAGCAGUCACAAACGACAACAAGCCUUCAGCCAUCAUGAUCAAAUCGAGCAAAGCUGCCGAGGACAGCAGCGUCGAGCAUCGUACCGUCGGCAACCAAUCUGCUGACGAGUACAGCUCGCCCGUUGUCUUUACCUUGGCGGCUCAGCUGGCUUAUGAGCUACUCGAGCAUGUAAUUACUCAUCUCUACCGACCCGACAAUAGUCAUCCGGCUGUCUGUCCCUACAUCACGAUUCAUCUUGCUUUCUUGCAUCAUAUCUCCUCCAAAGCAGGGGCUCUCCGCCUACUCGAGCGCUACGUGCCUUGGAAAAGCCUCGUCAAUCUCUUCUGUCAGAUUCCAAGUCAGAUCGCAGUCCGUGCUGAUCCGCCUCAUCGCAUCAGCGGCACUGCCAAUGACGAGGACUGGUGUCUCCGUGGCACAGAUUGGAUCGGUCGUGAACGAUUCGCGCGCGGCUUCUGGCGCACCAGAUCUGCUCAUACGAACGGCGAGGAUGCUGAGGCGUCGCAUCCUGCUCAAGCGAAAGGACCAGAGUCAGAAAUUGACUAUCUGGCCAGCGAUCCCUUUGCACCGACUAGCGAGCUGAUCCUGCCCAGCGGGCAAGUCGAAUCUGAACAAUUGACGCACAGCCAGGAUCUCGCCCGAGGUCGUUGGCAGCGCAUUGCUCUCAUGGCAGUCUGGCUGGCGAAGACAGUGCCUGGGCUCAGCUUCAACGCAGCGCUCGAUCACCAGCACAAGUUCUCGCUUCAAACAAUUUUGGCCGACAGAGCAAGCACGUGGGCGCAGGCCAGGCAGCGCGCUGCAUACGACAAGAGGAGCGCUUCACUCGAGCGCGAGCAGGCUGGACAUACCAAUGGCAAGGCGCCUCGCAAGGCCGGCUCCACUGCAAUCCUAGCGAAUCAAACGAUCUUUGUGUUUGACACCAACAUCUUGAUGACCGAUCUGCAACUUCUCGAUCGGCUGCUUCCCAGUGGCAAAUGGAUUGUCAUCAUUCCUCUCAUGGUCGUUACGGAGCUCGAUGGUCUAGCCAAAGAAACAAGCGAGGCUGGCGCGAGCGCAAACAAGGCACUUGACGCGCUCCGGGCCGCAUUGUCAGACCACCCCGACUGCAUCAAGCUACAGACGAGUCGCGGCAAUUAUCUCAAUGAUCUCAAUAUUCGCUGGGAGGCGAUCGAUUUCUCCUCGGACGCGCAAGGCGAACAAAUUCGAAGCAUUGACGACGUCAUUCUGCAAGCAGCAAUAUGGCAGUCAAAGCAUGGCAUCGGUCUGGCAUCUGCGUCUCCAACGGAUCCGGUCGUAGUCGCGCUGGUCACCGCUGAUCGUAACUUGCGAUUGAAGGCGACUGUGCGAUCCUUGCUGGCGGGCUCCAGUCAGCAAAUCCUGCAGUGGCUCGAGGCGGCAGAGGCGAGCAACGGCUGA